UCCCACAAACCACCGGGUGAGACGGAGGGCGCCUUUUGCUAUUCCUGCAUGUCGAGAAGGAGUGGGGAGGAGGCACUGCUUCAAUUCAUACAUCUAAUGCAUGAAAAUAACAACACGCUGGCUUUGUGGGACAAUACGCCUGUCUUUCAUUACUCCAGUUAACGGCCUUCAACGUUAAUUUACACCGACAUGGCUCCGUUCAGUGUGUUAACAGCAAGUGUUAGCCUGUUGGCUAAGUCCUUCAGUGUCUUCUCCUGCACAAGCACCCUGGCAAGGUGUACCAGUGUCCUCCCCGCUGCAUACGUCAACCCAGUGAAAUGUCUGACUUCUCAGGCCAGCGGCCCUCCAAAGAGACCUCUGAAUGGAUAUUUUAGAUAUUUUAUGGAACAGAAGCCAAUAAUGAUCAGACAAAACCCAGAAAUCAAAACAAUGGAUAUCAUCAGGAAGGUUGCCCAACAGUGGAGAACCAUGAGCCCACAACAGAAACAGCCGUUUCAGGAGGCCUCUCUGCGGGCCAGGGAGCAGUUUAAGGUGGACUUCCAGCGCUACCAGGCCCAGCUGACCCCAGCACAGGUCCAGCAGCAAGCCCUGGAGAAGAGGGAGAGGAUGGCCAAAAGGAAAGCAAUCCGCAAGAAGAGGGAGAUGAAUAGCCUGGGGAAGCCCAAACGUCCUCGCACUUCGUUUAACAUCUUCAUGUCAGAGCACUAUGAGGAGGCCAGAGGAACCACCACGCAGGCAAAGAUGAAGUCGCUGUUGGAGGACUGGACGAAUCUGUUGAGCCACCAGAAACAGGUCUACACACAGCUGGCCCAGGAUGACAAAAUUCGCUAUAAGAAUGAGAUCAAGUCGUGGGAGGAGCACAUGGUGGAGAUUGGCCGUGAAGACCUGCUCCGAGAGCAGACCCUGUCUAUCAAGAAAAGACUCGCUGACCCGACUCAUGCAGCCAAGAAAACCACAAAGAAAGCUAAAGGGAAGAAGGCCACUGCCAAAGGAAAGUCCAAAACAACCAGGAAGACAACGAAAAGUAGCUCUGCAAAAACUGUCAGGACUAACAAGACCACCGACACCAAAUAGGAUGUGUGUAUCUACUGAGUCUAGAGGGGAAAAAAGAGUGUUGAAGACAGGAGUUCUGGCGACAUAGGCCUGCGCUCUGUUUGUGACUUUCAUAUUCAAGGAAAAACAAAAAAAAACAAAACAAAGUGAGCUGUUGUCAUUCAUGUUUAAACAGGCCAAUCCUCUCACAGCAUUCAGAGGAAUUAAGAUCAUUUUACUGCAGUCACAUCUCUUUCUAGUUAACAUGACACCAUUACCAGCUACAGUGUGAGCUUAUUCUCAUCCACUCUACAAACACACAUCUGGCUUUGAGUGGUUGAAUGGUGUAGACUGGGACUUCGAAGUGAUGAAAUGAAUGAUUGUAAAAGCUUAGACAUUUGAGUGAGGCGUGAAAGUGAUUCUAGGAGGAAAAGUUACUUUUUACUGUCUGAAGUGUUUAAAGUUCCUGAGUGUUACCACAGUAAACAUGAGGGAAAUGUAAAGGUUACUAUUGCCGUCCCAGGAACAACCACACGUUUCUAUUUUUGGAGUGUUAAUGUAAAGAAUGAGUCUACUCUGAUUCUCUAUUUUCUUGUCAGCAAAUCCACGAAAAGUCCAAAACGGUGUGUUUGUUUGUCUCGCAGCACUUCCUGACUUCUCUACUGUAAGUCUCAGCUCAAAGCCCAAUGGUUCCUACUGAAGAUGUAAAUCUUAAAAAAAAAAAAAAAUAAUAAGAAUACCUCACAAAUACAGUUUCAUUAUUAAGAAAUAAAAGUCUGGUCAGUAAAUUUCAUAAAACAGCUGUUCACUGUAGUUUUUAACACAAAGGAGGAAGUGACGGCACAGUGCAGCUUGCCGGCCGGUUCUUAGUGACUUUGCUGUUGAGAAAAGGUCCACUGGCCACAAAUUUACAGCACUUACAAAAUCAGGCGGUACCAACGUUCUAUGAAUGAAUCCUGACUGAAUCAUCGCUGUCGAUGGUGUAGCAUAAGCUUGUACAGUCGCCACCUCAAACUGUGAAAUCCUGACAUAAGUAACAUAAUCAACUGACACUUUGGUCUUUAAACACAAAGUCCCAGGUUAUGCAUUGCUCCCGAUGAGCUUCAUAUGAUGCGCUUUGUUCUGUUAACACCUGUAAAAAGACAAACAACAACAUACCUGAUGGUUGAUAAUAAAAUGUUCUUUUUUCACAGCAUCCAAUAAUUAUGUGUAUCUGAUGUAAAGGGUCAUUCCCCUUCAGGUAUUGUGUUGUUGUGAUCAUACUGUUUAAAGUCAUGAGCCUCCUGCUUCAUGUUUAAAAGAAACUCGGAGAACGUCGGUUAACAAUCCUGAAAUCCAGAUUCUGUCUGCUCUUCGCGUUAGUUAAAUGACACUCUUGUUAGUAAUGAAGAACAUACUUUCAGUAUUGACGGUUUUGUGUUUAGAGCUGCCAUAUUCAGACAGCGACUACAGUGUGUUUUCUUUGUAAUGUGUAUUUACUGAAUAAACAUUUUCCAUACACUUUU